ACUCCGACAUAUACGUAGAAUUUUCAAAAAGAAUUCCACAUACAUAUAUAUAUAUAUAUAGUAGUACAUAAGUAUAAAAUUAUUCUUUCAAUACAAGAAUCCUCCAAGAAAAUGGCACGCUCCGGAAUGAUUAAAGCAACAUUCAUAGUGCUCAUCGCGGUGGCGGCAGUAGUGUCCACCGAGGCGGCGGCACCGCCUCCACCAAAAAUUUCAUGCGGGAAGGUGACGAGCACCCUGGCUCCGUGCUUUGAGUACGUGUUGAACGGAGGAAAGGUGCCAAACAGCUGCUGUGAUGGGGUUAAGUCGCUGUACAAGGAGGCGAGCACCACUGCUGACCGCCGUGAAGUCUGCGUGUGCCUGAAAUCCGUCACCAGCUCCGCCUCACCUGGGGUCAUUAAUAACGCCAAAAGUCUCCCUGGAAAGUGUGGCGUCUCCAUUCCUUACGAAAUCACCCCCGCAAUUGAUUGCAACAAGGUGAAAUAGAUGGAUUAAUAUCUGGCGAUGGCUAAUUCUGCUUGGAAGCGGAAGGGAAGGAAAAAUUGGGUUUCAGUACUCUUCCGUCUAUGAAUUUAAUUAUGGUGUAGCUACCUACUUGUUUUCACUAUUAUAAUAAUCAAGAAAUAGUUUGAUUUUGGUGGUAUCUCAACUUAAUCCUCCUUC